CAUCCGCCGCGCCGACAGGGAUGGCUUCCGGGGUGGUGGACUUCCGCCUCGCAGAGUGCCGGGAGUGACCCGAGGGGCUUCCAGGGGCCUCCUCCAACGGAGGGGCGAAACACAGGGACCCGUGGGCAGUGUUGGAAAAUGGCUCUGAACUACGUGGCGCUGUCCUCCGGCGACCAGCGGACCCGGGUGGCCUAUCGCUCCUCUAAUGGCGACCUCAGCCCCUCGGCGCAGGCGCUGGCCUUGGUGUCGGGAGACAGCUUCCUGGUGGCCCGGCCCGAGGCGAUCCUCCCCGGGCCCCCGGGCCGGCAGGCGGCGCGGCCGAGCUUCCGCGCCGAGAGUCGUCGAGCGGCCGGGGGAGGCCGGAGCCCGACCCGCCUCAUCAAAGGCCGAGACUCGGAGGGGCGGGGCCGAGGCCGGCAGCCGCGCUACACGCCCUACACGCCGCCCGGGGCCCGGCUCGACCUGCUGAGAAGCGCCCUGCAGCAGCGCCUGGUGGCCAUCGGCGGGGCCAUCGCCGCCCGCAUUUCCGCCUGACCUGUCCUGCAGCCAGGCGCCUCCCGACCGUGACCCUGUGAACAAGGCCUCUGGAAAAAAAAAAAAAAAAUCGUUGCCUGUC